AUGGCACCAUUGGCGCUAGCCAGAAGAUCGGUGCGGGACGUUGUCGACGCGUUGAGUAGGCCCCUAAUCGUGCGGCACUUCAUCCGCUGCAGAUUAAGAGAUGAAAAUUUCUCUCGUACAAGCGCCGCCGCCUUCGCCCGAACUGGGCCAUUCCCGAACAUCAUCGGCGCUGUCGAAGGAAGCUGCAUGCGAAUACAGAAGCCUGCACAUUCUGGCUGGCAGUACUACUGCCGCAAGGGCUUCACAGCCCUGAAUGUGCUGGCUGCUGUUGAUGCCCACGGACGGUUUGUGUACAUAAAUGCGAACUUUCCGGGGUCUGUGCACGAUGCCAGCGUGUAUUCCGCUUCGCAGGUGAGAUAUGCCUUCGAAGAAGGUGCAGUUCCGCAUGGCUACAGCUUCAUCGGAGACUCCGGUUUCGCUAAUGGGAAUGACGUCAUCACACCCAUUAGAAAUCCGGCUACUAGGCAAGAAGUCUCCUACAACCGAUGGCACUCGAAGAUGCGGGUCAUCGUGGAAUGCACGUUUGGCACAUGGAAGCGGAAGUUUGCCAUUGUGAAGGAUAGGAUCCGUGUGAAUCAUCAUUGCAUGCGCAGUUCCUUAUAA